AUGAACGAGAAGACACUGCGCUCUUUGGAAACUGAAUGCGACGACUGCCUCGAGGCUAAGUUUGGAGACACAGGCAUACCUGGGGCCAUAUUUAUUGCUCUUGAUAGGGACGGGUCGACGAUCUAUUCAAGGAACAUGGGAACUAGGGAGGUCAACAGUGCUCAAGCUAUGACCGAUGACACUAUGUUCUGGGUAGCUUCUUGCGUGAAGGUCUUCACGGCCAUGUCCGUCAUGAAAUGCGUCGAACAGGGGCUCGUUACUCUAGAUGCAAAUAUUCUAGAACAUGUGCCCGAACUCGCAAAGCAGCCUGUCCGGCAACCCACCGAUGAACCUGGAAAACAUACAUUUAGUCCUCGCACGGAGCCUAUAACCCUCCGAAUGCUCAUGACGAACACGGCGGGUGUAGGCUAUCCUCCCGGUGAACUUUCAUCCCCAGAGGCACUCGAGGACCUCGCUACCGGCAAGGGGCCAUGGGCCCAAGCCAAAGUGGAAUUCCACGCUGGCGGACCCUUGAAAUUUCAACCUGGAGAGAAGUGGGAAUAUGGUGGAUCUAUGGAGUGGGCCGGCCGUGUUGUCGAAUCUGUCACAGGCCGGAGGCUAGGAGACUUUAUGGCUGAACACAUUCUUGAGCCGUCUGGCGUUCGCGACAUCACCUUCGAGCUGACGGAGGAUCAGCACUCUCGCAUGGCCGCUUCUCACUUCCGCUGGCCAGAUGGACGCGUGAAUGCUCGAGCGAAAUUUUACUCGGACAAUGUUAUCGAUCAUUGUGGCGGUUCGGGCUUGUACGCUACUGCGCCAGACUUCGCUCAAGCAUUGCUCCCCCUCAUCAAUGGUGGUGUUCACCCGAUCACCGGAAAGCGUAUUUUGGAAUCCGAGACAGUCAGAGAUAUGUUCGCUGGACAGUUGACCCCAGAACAAGUUCUUUGGCUCGAUCGUCCAAGUUUGAUCUCAGAGCACAUAUUUUCUCCAGGCGUUGAAAAGCAAUGGGGGCUGAGUGGUCUGUUAAUGCCUAAGGGGUCUCCCACUGGCAGAGGCGAGGGCACGGCGACCUGGUUCGGAGGUGCGAACACGCAUUGGAUGGCCGAUUCUACGAAGGGCAUUGUCAUGGUAGUUUUCGCUCAAGUUGUCUCCAUGCCGUUAGGAGAUGAACGGCUUCUGACUCUAAGAGACGAGUUAGAGAAGAGCAUCUACCAGAGAUUCUGAUGUUGUCAGCAAUCGUACCGUGCGCCCAAUUUACGGGGUACGAAACAUCUUC